AUGCAGCGCCGCAGGGCUAAUCAUCUGAAUAAGGCGAAUGCCUAUUAUGAGGACGUCUGGACAGAUGUAAACAGUUUUAUUUUGGUGAGUUCUCGACAUUUGUCAUCGGUUCAUACCCCUUGACCUUAGCUAUCGUAGUAUACGUACCUGACAUAAGAACCUUUGAGUAUUGACUAAAACAAUAUUCAGGAUAAUGUGAAUGAAGUGUUAGUUCGUUUGCAAGACGGAUCUCUGGACGAUGACAUCUGGGGGAAGAUAAUAUUAAUGGAGAAAGGUCGAAGAAUUGCCAAGGCUUAUCUGAGACAGCCGACUCUUAUUGUUGAUGGAGGAGACGAGGAAUUUGAUGGGAAAACCCUCGGAUUCAAUUACUUCCAUUCCUCACAUUCGGAUCAUCAGAUUGAGGAGUUCAGAGAAAAAAUUGGAGAUGUAAGUGAUGCUUGAUCAACACUGAAAGAUGAUUCAGGGGGUAGUCAUCAAAAUGGAUAACGGAAACUUGAAGGCCAUGGCCGGAGGCUCUACUCCUGUUAUUGUUCAAGGCUUGCGAGAUGUGAUGGGGAAAGGAAAUUGUGUUUCCGAAAGUUUGAUGCGGUCUAAUGGAAAGUUACCUUGCAGAUCUGGAGAUUAUAAUUCAAAAGAGAAUAACAUUGUCAAGGUAAUCUCAAAAAUAAUUGUGGAAACUGUAACAUUCCAGAUAUUCGAUGCGAAAAAGUUUGAAAGAUUUGUAAAGACGAUUAAAUUGGAAUCGGAAAUGGAUAAACAAACCUUGCUGGGAAGAAGUUGUGUGAGAAUAGCACUGGUUAAAGAUGGCCAUGAGAUGACCAAGACACCUAUUUGGUUUAUGAUCAUAAACAUUAUUGCAGUCGAUAUGAUAAAAGGUGCGCAGUUUUUCUACUGCAAUAAUCUUACAUUACAGAUCGUAUCUUGGAAGACAUUUCUAUCCCCAAAUCCUUGCCUUUACUUCAGCCAAAUCUUGCAAGUCCCGACCUAACUCAGCUUUUAAUAUCAGCCAUGCAACGUCAACAACUCUCCCAGUUGGCUUCUUCGUCAUCCAUCGACCUUCUCCAGCUUGCUUCUUUGGCUGGAUCCUUGGCCAAUUCAAACACCCAGACUCCAGUCAUCCUAUCAAAGAAAAACAAAAGAAUUCAAAGAUCAUUGUGUAGGAAGGAGAGUGAAGAUUCUGAUCAAAGUGAUGUUGAAGAUUCUUCUGGAACAUCUUCAGAGCCUUCGGAGAAAGAAAGUUGCUGUAGUUCAUCAAUAAGUUCGGACGGGAGUGCUCUGAAGAGUAGAAUGGUCUUGGAAAAGUUGCACAUAUCAGAACCCAAGAGUUCUCGUCCCAGAUUAGAUACUGUGCUCAAAUUGUAUGAUGAACAGAAAAGUGCAUCGGUCACUUCUGGCUACAGUAGCCCGCAAGAAAACUUUGAUAUGGGCUCUUGGAGUAGUGCCAAAACCAAGAGCGAGACUGUAAGUGUUGUGUUUAUUAAAUGAUAAAUUUCAUUUUAUAGUUUGAAGAGAACAGGGAAUUUGAGGAGAAGCACAAGCACCGACCUAGUAAGUGAAAUGUUAGACCCUUGCAUUCCGCCCUUCGCUUUGCUUUAAUUCAGUUUUAGCUUCGGUGGCGGACAAAGAUUACUCCAUUUACAACUGGACCAAUGGGGCCAUGUUCAAAGGCCCUAACCCCGGCUUUAACCCCAUCCCUUAUAACUUUUCAGUUGCUUUCCCCACCAAGUAUGUCCAAGUUCUAGAAUUGUGUUACAUUCUGUUUUUUAUCAUUACUUUAACAAUGUUUUGGCGUUCCUAAUGAUCUGAUUUAAGUCGCUCUCCUUAUCCCAACGCUUCGUCAUUUCAUUCGACACCUGUUCAUUACCCGGUAUAUAAUCGUAUCAUCUAUUUAUAACAUCUGUUUUUUAUUUAGACAAAUUGUGUCGGUCAUCCAAAACUACCGACUUCAAGCAAUUACUUGCCGCCUCAGCUCACGAAUCCGACGUCGCGGACGAUUACCGCGGCGAUGAGAAGUCAGGGGGAUUCCGAAGAUUCAAGUAAGUUUGCUCAAAGGAUUAAUAAGUAAUUUUAAAAAAGCUUCGAACAAAUCCAUGUGGCUCCCGCUGACGGGGAAUCGGAACAAACGGAAGAGUCUUGGCCUCAGGGAAAAAGACAAAAACAACGACUUGCCUCCAGGGUAAAUAUUUACAGUAAUUUUCGUAAUAUUCGUUAGAAACCAUUUGAAAUAUAAAUAAUUCCAAAGUAUAUCUUUUAUCUACAAAAAACUUGUAGAUUCUCAACCAAUCGGACUCGAGAAUCCGUCAGCCCAUCACUCGAUUACUGCAGGGUCUGUCAGGGCGCCGGAAACUGUCGAUGUCAUCGAUCUCAACUUCACAAAGUUCAUCGGACAUUCCGACCGCCUUCCAAAGGCAAGGUCGGCCUCAUCGGACGGCUUCGGCGGUCGGUCAGCGGCCAAACCAAAGGGAAAUGAAGCCCUUAUUUAACUAGCCCAUAAUUAUUAUUGGAGCCGUGUCUCGGGUUGUUAAUAGACAGAUUCCUUAUAAUAAAAACUGUUCAAUAUUGUAUGGUAGGGAAAGACAGUAAACUCUUUCAAAGAUUGACAGCGAAAGAGAGAUCGGGUCUAAAGGGACAACGCCCAGGGAUCAAUCGCCGGAUAUAUGAUACCUUCUCUUCCAUGGGAACAAAGUAGCUGUUCAUGGAGACCUGUAACAGAGCUCAGAGGAAAAGCGGACAUGGUCGUCUCCUCGGGUGGCCAUCACUUGGAUCAGAGCAAUUAUUUAUUCUUUUGUAAUCUUAUCCAUGCCGUGGUAAGAGUAUCUUUGAUCGAACUCUCUAGUUCAGACAAUAUCCAAGUUCCUUGAUGUGUUAAUCUUCGUGUCCAUCAUAAGCACGACCUUCAUUUCGACCUCCCAUUUCAACAUCACCACAACACCUCCCGUUUUUAUAUUGGGUACUAUUGUUCUGAUCAUCGUCCUCUCCCACUUCUUUGGUAUCUUUUUGGACAGUCACAAUUUUAUGUAUCCUAUGGUUUUCCUUACAGUAAGUCAAGCUAAAAAAAUAAUACUUUUAAGGGAGUUUUGAUGGUGUUUGCGAUGGUUAUUUUAUUGAUCUACGUAUUUCUGGGAUCGGCCACAGAUAUUCUGAAGAAAAUGCAUGAAGAACAAUGGUUGAGGACCAUCUACUUGGAGUACAACUUGGACAUAAAUGAUUACGCAAGUAAGGAACGUGAUCUUUUCUGCUUAAGGGUACCAUUUUCAGUCAUCAAAAUCCUCUGUUUCAUAAUUUUGAUUGGAAUUAUGUUAUUUGUCGCUGCCACGACGUUUGUUUACAUCAUAUUUUAUUUGUCCUUCGAUUGGAUCCGCUUGAAGAAUAAUAGCAAUAAGCAACCAGAGAACACAACUUUGUUGGACUCCAAACUCAUGUAUAAAUUAAUAUAA